ACAUCUAAGUACGUGUCACAAUGCAAAUAUAUUAAUAUUGGAGUAACCUUUUACAUGUCACACAAAGGAAUAACAAAAACAAAUAAUUUGCAUCAAAUUUCCAUCCAAGAAGACAUCAGGUCUUUGAUGGACGGUCCGGAUCCCUCAACACCGUGAUGAACGGUCGAGGACUCGAAUCUGGAGAUCCAUCGCCGCCAUCGCAGCAUCCACGCCGGCUAGCUUCCGAUCCCCUAUUCGUGCUUCAUACGGGAGCAGUAAAUUUUCCAACAGAACACGUGCGGCUACUCGUCGCGAUACCUUGUCCGAUGGGGGAAGUUUCUUGUGGGAUCCACAAUCCGAACGCAGGUAGACGAUUGUCAGAGAGUACGCAUACCCUUCUCCGUGGUACAAGUUCGAUUUUGGGUGCUAGGGUUCUCUUCUUUUCAACUAUGGAUCGAUCGAGAAGAGGGAGGGUGGUGAAGAGUGGCCUGCGGUCGGUGCUGAAGCUGGUGAAUUCGGUGAGUGGUUUCGCGGGGAUGGGAAUGAUUCUUUACUCGCGCUGGAUGAUUCGGUCAUGGUACAAUCACAUCCGUGAUUCCUCCGAUUCCACGCCUCCAUGGUUUGCUACAUUUGGAGCUGAUGCAUUACAGUAAUUGUAAUUUCACUCUGUUAAAUGCAUGUGGCUGAAGCAUUCAAUGAUUGGUAUACCGGGAAUAUGGGCAUUGAUUGGUUCAGCAUGGUUCGAAAUGUGCCCAUUGUUGGCAUCCUCUUUGUUGACAUCAGGCAUCAUGGUGAAAUUCAUGUUGCUAAAAGAUUCUCCUUCACAAUGAUCUUUGCUGAUUCUUCAUCUAGAACGCCGGCUACAAAUACGCCUUUGCUGGAUACCGAUACCACCUUCUGAGCUGUUUAUGGAUGUUAGAACUUCAAUAAAAAAAUCCUUUUGGUUUUGUAUUUCUAUGUUGUGCAUUCCCUAGUUCUCCUUCAUGAUGAAUUUUCUUUUACAGUCCAGAGCUUUAUGAUCAAGCGUUUUUAGCCUCUUGAUCUGCUUGAUUGUCGGUGAAUGGGUCUGCCAUUGAACUGUACAAGUAAAAAUGAAGUGUUAUCAAUCAGACUUCGUGGACCAUAUUAUAAAUCAGCAUUGUUUUACUUUGGCAUAAUCCUUAUCUUUCUUAGUUCUCAGCAUAUAUAAAAUAGAAUGGAAGUGCUUUGCUGCUCGCUUCUGUGCUUUUGGUUUGAUUCUCAAACUUAUUAUUUCUGCUUGUGGCACAGGUCAAUCAGUGAAACACUUUGUCAAUUACCAAGUCUCUGCUCUCCAGAAAAAUAUUUUCUGUGGCAUUCCUCGCUCACUGGCACUUGAACCGUCUGAUGCAUCGCAGGAAACUCAGGAUUAAUAUGACAGCGGAGCAACAAGAGAAGCGGUCGUCAUCGUCAUCCGUCCGACACACUGAGCUGAUCGGUCAGCAAUUGGACAGACGUGGCACUCCGUACGCAGGAUUGCCCCUCGCCUGUGGGCCGUGACGUGGAGUUCCGUCAUCGGAUAAGCGCCCGCCGCGCAUGCGCGCGUGUCGACAGUUCGGCGGAGGGCAUCGUGUCGCCGCGGCACAGAAGUCAUCGCACCUUCGUCUCAUAUAAGUGCAUCACCGUCCUCAUCUCGAACUCCACUUAAAUCCUUUCAUCCUCUCGCUCUCUCCUGCUGCUAUAAUCAUUAAAGAUGUUGGCCGUGUUCCACGAGACCCUCGCGCGCCCCCCGCAGGAGCUCAGCUGCCCUGAGUCCACCACCGGCUUCCCUCCCAAACCUGGUUACCGCCGGCGUCACCCCAAGAACCCCGACGAGAUCCUCAGGGACUUCCUCUCCUCCCACCCUGCCCACUCCUUCUGCGCCACCUUCAGUGGCGGCGCAGGCCUGGCCUGCCUCGGCCCCCAAGCCCCCCCUCCCUCCCUCCUCUGCCAGAGGUUCUUCUGUAGCUUUGACGAGGUGUACUGCAUGUUCGUGGGGAGCAUCAGCAACCUGAGCUCCCUCGUCAGGGAGUACGGGCUCUGCGGCAAGAUGUCCAACGAGGCGCUGCUGGUGAUCGAGGCCUACCGCACGCUGCGCGACCGCGGGCCGUACCCCGCUGACAAGGUCGUCAAGGACCUCGCCGGCCGCUUCGCCUUCGUCGUCUACGAUAACAUGACCGGCGCCGUCUUCGCCGCUCUGAGCGCGGACGGGGGCGUGCCACUGUACUGGGGCAUUGCUGCGGAUGGCUCCGUGGUGAUCGGUGAUGAUGUGGAGAUCAUGAAGGGAAGCUGCGCCAAGUCUUACGCUUCAUUCCCCACUGGGUGCAUGUUUCAUAGCGAGGGAGGGUUAAGGAGCUUUGAGCAUCCGAUGAACAGGAUGAAGGCAAUGCCGAGGGUGGACAGCGAGGGGGCGAUGUGCGGCGCCAGCUUCAUGGUCGACGCCUCCUCCAAGAUCGCCGCCAUCCCCCGGGUGGGCAGCGCCGCCAACUGGGCCUCCUCCUGGGCUUUGUGUAUCUAACUGGAAUCGGCGCUGUUCGUCUGUGUAAAUACAAAAAAAAUACAGUGUAUUACUCCAAAAUCUCGUGUACAAAAAAUGUACCAUAUACACUUAUUUUACAUGAUCAAACAGAUGCUUAAUCAUUAGCCU